UUGACAUAUUCAUGACAACUCGCUUUUGUUGUUUGGCGAAUUAUUUUUUUUAGAAGUGCGAAAGGAAAAUAUUGUGUGUUAUACCCGUUACAAAAAAUACAAAUUCUUAGUGGAAAGUGCAACGUAUGAUGGUAAAAAGUUUUCCAAAAGAGCACGAGGGUCUGAAGAAUACUGAAGACAGUGACAAAUUUUGUUUGGGGAACCUUGAUUUGUUGAAUUUGAGGCUUGAUUUUUCUUCUGAACCUUGGAAAGUGAAACCUGAAAGAAAUCCAAUACCCAGAGGAUUUGAGAGAGGUUCUGGCGACAGUAUUCCCACUUCUAGGCAUCGUCAUUCUUUAGCAAGAACGGAAACAAGGUCACUGGUUCCUAAUAUCACAAAAUUGCCUAAAGGUUAUGGUAAUUCACAUCCAAACCCUACAUCAAUUCCUUCAGAAAACCUCGUCCUGUUGUAUGCAAAGGACCGCAAACCCGAAUACAUUUCCACAGAGAAAAUAAGCCGCCAGGAUUUUCUAUUUCCAAGCAAAAAGAAAACCCGCGCAAAAAUAUUCGACAUUGUAUCCGAGGAUAGAAUGCCAAAAAAUUUCAUUUAAUCUAGCUCACGGACCGACAGAAUAGACAGUGGUAGUUUCCCAUUCAAAUUGACACCCAGUGGUAAUCUCAAAGUCGAGACAUCUCAAGUAGUUUUUUCUUCAAAUAAAUUGAGCGUUCUAGUAGCUGAUCCUAAAAAUACUAAAGUUAGCAUCCAGCCAGAAGCGAAUUAUACUAAAAUGGCGCAUGAGACCGAUGUAUCAAAAACAUCUGCUAUGGAUACCAUAAUGAGUCAGGCAGGAUUCUCUAGCCUAGGUACCCUCAUAGGGAAUACACCGAUACGAAGUGGCAAUAAAGAAGCUUCUGAAUACGAAAGUAAACAAACUUCUGAAAUUUUGGACCCAGAACUAAAUUUGGGACGGUUAGGUUAUAGUGGUACCGACGAAAUAUCCUGGCAAAAAGUUGUUUUACCUGAAAAGAAGAAUUUAUAUUUGGAACUGUAUUCACGUAUCACCAAUUACACAAAUGCUGAUUGCAAAGUUUAUAUCGAUAACGAAGAAUUCAAUUGCCACCUUAUAGUACUUCAGUGUUAUUCAGAACUGUUUGACGCAUAUAUUGCCGUGAAAAAAGUGGAGCUACCAGCGGAUAAAUGUAGUGCUGCAGCUUUUGCAUUCAUAUAUGAAUGGAUGAUAACUGGAGAACCUUCAUACAAAGAGUUGAGCAGAGAAAAUGUCUUAGAUAUUUUCAAUUCAGCAAAAUAUCUCAAAAUAAAAGAUUUGGUCGAGCAAUGUUGGGCAUUCAUAGAUCAUGCUGAAGUAUUUACUGAAGACACAGCUUUUCUUCUUUAUAUGGACGCUAAAGAAAAGAAUCUUCCCGAAGUAAGAGAGCUGAUGCUGCCAAGAAUUCAAGGAUUCUUCCUGAUGUUAGUCAGCUCCCAAAACUGGCUCGAGCUAGAGCUAGAAGAUAUCAAAAAUUUCCUCAAAUCCAACUACAUAUGUGUGAAUUGUGAAAUGGAAGUUUUUAUGUCUGCGGUGAGAUGGUUAAAACAUGACUGGGCAUCACGUGAUAGACAUAAAUAUGAAAUACUGGAAUGUGUUAGAUUUGGAAAUAUAGCCCCAUGGCAGUUGGUAGAUAUCAAGAGAAAUCCGGAAAAUCCCGAUUUCAUGGAAUUGGCUAAAGAUUCAAGAAUAUGUAAGAUGAUAGAUGAUGGAUUGGCAUAUGUUAUUAUCAAGUACUGGUAUGGUCAAGAAAAUGAUGAUUUUCAACAUUGGAAUGCAGUAUUAGGUCUUCAGGAGCCACCCUCAAGAAACUGGAGCGGAUCAGACAAAACUUAUUUCACUUACAGGGAGUUUUUGAUUUAUUUGGACCAGUACCGAAGAAACCAGCUGAUCGAAAAGAACAAGCCUAAAAUCGGCAAUGAUAAAAUGGAGUACAGCCAGCCUUUGAGAAGAUCAAAUCCAAAUCCACCUCCGCCAGAGAAAAAUUCUCCCAGAGUGCCGACUAUGGAAGAAUUUUUGUCCAAGAAGAAAAAAUAUAUGGGCAACCCUGCUCUUUCUGGUCCAUCAGGAGAAAGCACCACUUUAAGCAAGACACCUGCUAGCUCGAAAAUAUCGCCAAGAAGAAGAAAAUGGCUGACAAGACCCGACGCAGCUAUAAUCAUACAGAGAGCUUACAGGGAAUACAGAAAGAGAACCCUACUCAAAACUCUGAACUGUGAAAUCUCCAAGAAGCAUCGAAAUAUAGAAAAUAAGAGAACCAGAAAAGAAAAAGUUUUCAGCAUUUUCAGCUACUACCCAAAGUCAAAGAGCAUGCCACAACAACUCGACUUCCUCAGCAACUGUCAUUUGGCCAGUACUAGGCGGGACCUUUUGAAGGAGGACUCGUUAUUUCAGAAAAACAGGGAGACGGUCCUGGUUUUUGGGGGUAUAGACGCUCACAGCGACUACGGCACUGGAAGGAAUACAGGGAAAGAUAUCUACAGGUACCUUCCUGCUGUCAACACGUGGGAAUUCGUUGCUGAGUUACCUGAGCCGAGACAUCAUCAUUGUGCUGAAUUCUUCAAAGGAAAAAUAUUUUUGGUUGGUGGUGGAGAUCCAACAGAAAAUGGCGACUCACAACAAUCCCGUGUAGUUGGCACAACAUGGAGUUUCGACCCAGUAACGAAAGUUUGGUUCAAGGAAUCGCCUCUGUGGGAACCCAGGAAAAAUUUCGGACUAGCUGGUUGCAGUUUAGGAUUGUAUGCUAUCGGCGGUCAAGGAAAACAAUACGAGGCCCUUAGAACAGUGGAAAGGUAUAAUACCGAUAGAAAAUGUUGGGAGAUCAUGGCACCCUUGAUAAGAGCGAGAACUGGAUUCGCUUGUGCUAAGUACCGAAAUCACAUAUGGGUGGCCGGAGGAUUAUCUUCAGGUUCUGAGAAAAACAUCGAUAUUCUUGAUUCCGUAGAAACAUACGACCUUCGAGCCAAUCAAUGGACUGAAAUGAAUUUUCCUCUUCCAUUUCCGCGCUGCUUUUCGUGCAUGUUCGUCAUGUCCGAUCGACUCUACGUCAUAGGUGGCGCUGGCCGAGCCUCGGAAAACGUCCAAACUACUGCCAGCGUCGGCUCGGUGGAUUACUGGAACGACAAGAAAUUGGAAUGGAAGCACGUGACAGAUCUGAGCAUCCCCAGACAUGGCCACGCAGUCUCCUAUCUCGGCACUCAGAUUCUGAUCGUCGGAGGUGUGACGACCAUAUACGGCAGGGCACUCAGUAAUACGGAGUGUUUUUGCAGCCAAAGAGAAACAUGGGUUCGUGGUCUAGCCUGCUUACCAACUCCUCUAUCAGGUCACUCGAUAGUAACUUUGCCACCAGCAGCACUUUUAUCGUUCUAAAUUUCGAAGACUGUUGUGAGAUUAUCAAAAAAAAGGGAUUCAGGUGAUACUAGGGUACUACCUACUUAUCUCUCAAUCUCUAUCAGCAAUCAGCGAAUUGAAUAUAGGUAGUCUAGUAGUCUAGUCAAGCCUGCAGCAAAACUACUGAUGAUUCCUGUUUGGUUCGGAAUGUAGUCGAGUUUGUGGUAAAUGUCUUUAGAUGUCACUAAGUUACAAAGUAUGGUUUACAGUGACUUGAAUUCAUAAAAUAUAAUAAUUAUUUUAUUUAUUUACCUUGUUUUAUACUUUACAUAUAUUUUUUCAAUAAAGUGCUUCAGCAUU